CGUGCUUGUGUUGCCAUAGCACGAUGGAUGUAUGAUGUGGGAAUAGCUUUUAAUGCUGUGAAUUAUGAUAGCUUUGGGAAAUGAUUCGAGCAAUUGGAAAUUAUGGGAAAGAAAUGAAACGUCCAAGUUUUCAUGAGGUUAGAGUUCGGUUACUUAACAAAGAAGUGCAAAUCAUAAAUGAUCUUCUCGAGUCUCAUAAAGAAGAAUGGGAAAAUUAUGGAUGUACAUUGAUGUGUGAUGGAUGGACGGAUAGAAAAGGGAGAACCUUGAUUAAUUUCUUGGCUAAUAGUCCAAAGGGAAGUGUAUUUAUUAAAUCAGUUGAUGCAAGUGAUGAAUCAAAGACAGCGGCAUUGUUGGCUAGUUUGAUUGAGAAAGAAUUGAUGGAAAUUGGUCCUGAAAAAGUAGUUCAAGUUGUUACAGAUAAUGCAUCAAAUAAUGUUGCAGCAGGGAGAAUAUUGGAAGCAAAUUUUUCUCAUCUAUACUGGACUCCAUGUGCAGCUCAUUGUAUAGAUUUGAUGUUAGAGGAUAUCUUUAAGAUCCGUGUUUUCAAAGAAACAUUCCGCAAAGCUGUUGAGCUUACUGGUUUCACAUAUGGCUCUUCAGGAGUUCUAAAUAUGUUGCGGAAGUUUACUAAUGGAGUAGAAUUGCUAAGGCCAGGGCAAACUAGAUUUGCUACUGCUUUUAUUACACUGGGAAGGAUUCAUCUUCAGAAAGCCAACAUUAGAAAAAUGUUUACUUCGGAAAGUUGGACAACUAGUAAAUGGGCUAAAGAGGUGAAAGGCAAAAAGUGUGAAAGGACGGUUUUGAGUCCUGCCUUCUGGAAUCAUGUUGUUUAUGCUCUUAAGGUUUUCGGUCCUCUUGUUCGUGUGCUUCGACUUGUUGAUAAUGAAAAAAAACCAGCUAUGGGAUAUAUUUAUAAAGCCAUGGAUAGGGCUAAAGAAGCCAUUGCCAACUCACCCAAUGGUAAUGAAGAGAAAUACAAGAGCAUUUUUGAGAUUAUUGAUGCGAGAUGGUCGCUUCAAUUGCAUCGUCCUUUGCAUGCUGCUGGAUACUUUUUGAAUCCUGAAUUUUUUUAUCCAAAUAAGAUGAGAAUUGAAUCUGAUGAAGAGGUCAAUACAGGAUUGCUUUCAUGCAUUCAUAAAAUGGAAAAAAAAUUCAGCAAAAGUUGAUAUGAUUCUUGAUGAAAUUGAGAAAUACAAGGCAGCUACAGGGACCU